GCACAAGUGGGAUGUGACUAUCACACUGCUAUGUGCAGGCUCCAUCCAAAGACCAAAGCGAGACCUCUGGACAGGGAGGGAAUCUCCAGCCUGUUCCAUGUUUAAAAUGCCAUUGGCAUCUGCUACGCAGUCUACUUAUUGUCUUCCUAAGAUUCCGCUGGACAAUCUCCCUCUGAUACAUUGCACCAAUAGAAUGUUACCCCCUUCUCCCUGGCAUCUGAUCUCCCGGCACCACUGCUGCCCAUGGCAUUCCUGAGCUGAGUCAACUGAGGACUGAGCAAGGGCGAUCAGAGUUAAAACAGAUUUAUUCGGUUGAUAAGUUGUUAGUAUUCUCCAACGCCCCUAUCUCAGGUCCUUCUGCCCUUCUGGAGUUCCGCCACAAGCAAGAUAGCCACGAAAUUCUUGUGCACGGAAUAAUGACCAUCCAACAAUUAUUAAUUAACUCUCCAGAAAAGAUGCUGGAACAUAGUCAAGAAAGUCUGACUGCCAUCUUAGAAUUCGCAGAGCUUAAGAUGAAUGUGAAUUCGGUACUUGUGAGUGUCCACAAACAGCAAAAGGACAGAGGUCAGUUUCUACGAGCAUUUAGCUACCUGGGAUUUGUAGUUGUAAAGCCCGGGAAGGGAUGUGUGCUAUCUUGCAAGAACCACAUAUUCAUGGCGUACCCAAUCGAAAGAACUCCAAGCAAGGUUAUGUUUUAAAUCAAUAAAGACCAAUAAGUAGCCACUCGCUCCUAUGUCAGAGAUUAAAUUAACGUUUAUUAAACAGACACAAUAUAUA